AUGAAAACAAGCCUCGUCAGCUCUGGUCAAUUGGACCCACAAUGCUUGGCACCUUUAAAACGACGUCGUAACAACAACAAUUGUAAGCCUACUAACCAAAACCACUCUCUGAGUCUGUUUGUGUAUGUGAGCUCAAACGCCAUGGAUUCUUCUUCACCGAAGAGCCAAAACAACACAUCAUUGCAACGACUCCAAAACGUCGAAAAGAGAAUUGUUAGGGUUUUGGAGCUAGCCGGAGGGGUAAUGGACGAACUCUCAAAUCCAAGCGGACCCAGAAAAGAAUUGGUCAAUAACCACUGCGGCGAGUUCAUGCAACUAAUCAAGGAUAUCCAAGUGACACUGCGGGAAGAAAUCAAAAGUGCUUGUGAAUACAGACCAUUUGAGAAGUGUGACUAUAUUCCAAGAAUAUCCAAUGAGAUCUGUUGUAAGAAACUGGAAUAUAUCCUCGCGCAAUUAGAUGGAAUGAAACAAACCAUUGAUGACCAUCAUGGUGCAGCCUGAAGUAACAAAUUGUAGCAUAAGAUUGAAAGAGGAUGAAAGUAUUAACCUGCCAUUAUGUUUAAUUCCUGCAAGAUGUUCAAGAAUAUGUAUAUGUUUCCUUCAAUUCCACCAUUAUGCUAUGGAGAUUGGUGUAAUUGAAAUUUUGUGCUUUAGAAUUUAUCUAAUCUAUUGUCUGCUUGUUAACGGCAACAGUUGGGCUCUGAUAUAUCCAUUCAGUAUUCACCAUAUUUGUAUUGCUACACUCUUUGAAUGUAACUCAAUUCAACCAAGUCUUAUCUCCACGGUUUGAG